AUGGCAGGGCCAAACACAACUAAACCCAAAUUUAAUGAAUACCUAGAACAACGAAUGACAGAGAGAGCAGGGGGAAAAGAACAGUAUAAGAAAGUUAAAAAAGUAUGGGAGGAAGUGAAGUUAAGAUGGACACAGGAAGGUUACCUCAGAGGGGGACCUCCCUCGGAGGAAGAACUCAAGAUUAUGGAGAAAGGUCUAGAAGUGGCAGUUGAGAAAGCCAAGGGGGAGGAAGAAGGAAAGAACAAGGAACAUAAGUUUAAGAAUAAGGGAACUAAGGAAAGAGAGAGGGCUGAGGAAGAGCUGAGAAUAGGGACAUGGGCAUUAGAGGAGAGCAGGAGGGUGCAACCAAAGAAAUCAGAUACGAUGUGUGUGGCCACUGCAGAUCCAGUAGAGAUGAUAACACCAUUCAAGGGUUCUCCAACAACUCCCCCAGAGGCCAGCACCAGCACCACUCCUGGCCCCACCUCACUAUACCCACAGGUGCCGGUGGAGGCACCUCGGCCCCCACCAUACACACCAGGACAGGAUCACAACAUUCAGACACACCACCAAACCAAUCCAUUUCUCUCCAUGCCUCAGCCUGCAAUACAGGCCCCUGUUCUAACAGUAGGAGAAGGAAGCCUGAAAGGCACCAUGACUUUUGGCAUAACUGGAGGGCAGUUGCUGUAUGAACAGAUGCCCUCUACCAGCACUCCAUAUCAACCCAAAGAACGGGAAACCCUGAGACGGGAAGAAGGGGGAGACCCGACCUCUCCUGGAGGUCGCUCCCUGCUCUCUUUUAACAACCCUGUGAGCGGAGUGAAUAGUGGGUGUCACCAACAACUGAACCCAGAAUUUUUCAGACAACAUUCUUCACAGGACCUUAGAGGGGGAAGGCGUGGCCAAUUGAGCAAUCAAAGCAGGGAUAUGGAGGAUGAUGAAGACAGAAGAGCUUACAUUAGCGGACUGGAUAAAAACAGAAGGAUACCCACUGAAGAUGAAAUAGAAAGUGAAAUUCAAAAAUUGGAAAUCCAAUUAGGAAGAUCCCGAGCUGAAGUUGAGGUGCUCCUUGCUCCAGGUGAGAACGAAGGGGCCGAGUACCUAGUGGAGGGAAUAAUGAGAGGAACAGUGACAGACGUGACAGAUACCUUGAGAGAUAUCACAACACAUGAGCAACAUCGGAGGUCAGCCAGAGUGGCAGAGAGGAACAGGACAGGAGGACCCCAAAGAACAGACUGGGAAACCGAAAGGUCAAGAAUGUGCCCUCUCAGGCCUGCAGCAAAUCCGGCCUAUGUGGAGUAUGAACCAUGGAAGAUGACUGAUUUGACUACACUAAUGGAACAAAUGCCCAGUCUGCAUGGAGGAGCGUCUUCCUGGUUGAACAAACUACAGACCCUCACAUCAGGUCUGAACCUAUGUCUAGGUGACAUGAGGGCAUUAGUUGCAAGAGCAACUAAUCAUGGAACAAUGACCGGCAUCAUGACAGCUGCAAACCUAGAUGGAAGGGCAGCUACCCUGCCUCUAGAUCAUUUCAGGACAAAUCUAUGGGAUGCGUUGCGAAGGGCCUACCCCACAGAAAGAAACCAGGCUUUGCUUUCCUCCUUCACCAUCAACCCAGGAGAGCAUCCAGCUGAGUAUCUAGACAGAGCCAAAACUACCUGGAGGACAGUAAAUGAAGAACCAUUUGAUCACACUGAUACAACCCUCAACAUGUGGAAGGAGAUGGUGAUCAAUGGAUGCCCAGGGGAUGUGAAGACCAAGCUACGUGCAACAGUGGGUUUAACAACCCUUCCCUUGACGCAAUUCAACGCACAUGUGCACCACCAUGUUACUCAACACAACAAGGAUAAAGGGGGGGCUGAGAGUCAGGUCCAAUCUCUCCAAGUACAACUACUGAAACUCCAACUAAAGGAGGCCCAAAAAGGAGAAAAACCAAAGAAACAAAUGCUGGCAGAAGAAACGCCUGGUGAAAAUGGAACACCUGAUCUCUUUCAAGUUGUAACAACCCUAGCUCAGACUGUCUCUCAGAUGAUCCAACUACAAGCCUCCCCUCCCCAGGGAACACCUGCCCCAUAUCAACCCCAACCACCAUUUCCCCCACAACAUUACGUCCCACAACCACAACCCUGGCCUCAACAAGGCACCCCAUUAGGUCCUCCAAGAGGAGGGAACUACCUGUGUUACAAUUGUGGAGGAGCUGGACAUUUUAGGCGUGAUUGUAAGGAACACCCACAAACUAACCAUCAACCCCAAUGGAGGGGAAGAGGAAGUGGAAGGGGAGGACCCCCAUACCCAUCACAAGCACCACCCACUCACCAUCAAGGCCAGGUGCAGCAAGCACCGACGUUUUCACCUCCCCAAUACCAAGCUGCAGGGUUCCAAG